AUGGCCGGGCGCGUCGUCGCCGAGGGCUGGCGUUGUCGGGCCGGGCAGCCCCAGGCCGCGUGCAUCCGCAAGCUGCUCCGGCGCCUGCGAGGAGGCCGCCUGCGGCCCUUCGCCGACCGCACGAACGUGUCGGCCACGAGCUGCGCGCCCGCGAGCGCCUGCGCGGCCGCGCGCGCGCGCGCGCUCGGAAGGCGCGUCGACGUCGUCGCGUUCGGCGGCAGCGUGACCGUGGGCCACGGCACGGGCGGCCGGUCGGGGAAUCGCGAGUCCAAGUUCAUGCCCUACGUCGAGCUCUUCGCCGCCGCGCUGCGCGUCACGAGCGGGAGCGAGGUCCGCGCGUUCAACUUCGGCGUGCCGGCCGCGGGCCCCCAGGUGCCGUCGUUCUGCUUCCACGCGAUGGCGAAAGCCGCGGGCGCCGAGCCGUCGAUCGUCAUCCUCGAGUUCUCCGUCAACGGCCUCGACCGCCUCGGUUUCCUCGCGGCGGGCGUGCGGGCCGCGUACCCGGCCGCGGUCGUCGUCUAUUUGGACGUGUUCUCCAUGGACGAGCUCUCGAUGCCGGGCUGCCGGUCCCUGGACAGGAUCCCGAGUCUCGCGCCCAACGACAUUCCGGGCGUGAGCCUGCGGCCGGGCUUCCUGCCCUCGGGCGACCGGCCGGGCUCCUUCAAGACGGCCGGGACACACCCCCGUAGGCUCGACCGCGGCGACGCGUGCGGCGACGCGCCGAGGCCGCCCGCGGCGCCCGCGACGGUCUGCGCGACGCGGGACCCGCGCGUCUCCGGCGACGCGCUCCUCGCGCCGACCGUGUCCGACGUCGACGCGGCGGGCUGGCGCGCCGCGCUCGUCAACGACGACCCGAAGAAGCCCGUCUACGCCGUCGGCCCCGGCCUGUCGACGUCGCGCCUCGCCGUGCCCUUUUCGCUCGGCGCGACGUCGGAGGUGUUCGUGGCGUUCAUGCAGUCCUUCAAGGCCAAGGCGCCCUACGGCGUCGCCGCGAUCUCCGCGGACAACGCGACGCCGCCGACGCUCUUCGACGGCGGCGCGCUGCAAGAUCGGCUACACCUGCUGAUCACGCGGCGCAUCGCCGUCGCCGAGCCGGGCCCGCACGAGCUCGAACUCGUCAUGACGAACGAGACGCAGACCGCGGGCCACGCGUUCGCCUUCUACGGCGUCUUCGCGCAGGCCAAUUUCGGACGCCGUCGGCCCGUCCGCAACGCCGCACUCAGCUUCGUCCACUUCAUCGUCUUCCACGGCCGCGGCAAGCGAUACACAACCAUGCUCAAAUCGCUGCGCCACGUCUUCGCGCCGACGGCUCUCUACCGCGGCGAGGGCGUCUGCGGCGGCGUCGCCCUGCACCGCGUCGGCGGCGGCGCCUGGGACGAGCGGCUGCUGCCGUCGAGCGUCGCGAGCGACGACGGCGCGCCCGGCGCGCUCGUCGUCGACGGGCGACGCGCGCGUUCGCCGGCGGCGCUCCGCGAGGUCUUCGACGUCGUCCGCGGCGCCGCGCGCGCGCUGGCCAAGACCGGCGGGCGCCUCGUGCUCGUCGGCGACGCGCGGCGCGCGCGGAGCGGCGACUGCGAGGCGGCCAUGUUCGCGGAGGGCCUCGAGGGCUUCGCGCGGUCCGCGGCCAAGGAGCUCGGCCCGAGCGGCGCGACCGCGACGUACCUGCGCGUCGCGCGGGACGCCGACGGCGCGGCCGCGUCGCCGUCGCUGCGGUUCCUCCUGAGCGGGCGCAGCGCCUACGUCUCCGGCGCGAGCUUCGAGGCGGGCGCCGCGCCCGUCGCGGCCGUCGCGGGCGAGGCGUGGCCCACGGGCGACGACGCGCACUCGCCCGUGCGGGGCCUGCGCGUCGUGUUAACGGGCGGCGCCGCGGGCAUCGGCGCCGCGACGGCCGCGCGGCUGAGCGACGCGGGCGCGGACGUGCUCGUCGUCGACCGCGCGCCGGGCCCGGGCGUCGACGGCGUCGUGGAUGUCGUCGCGGCCGACGCGCCGGCGCGGCUCCGGGAAAUGGCGGACGCCCGCUUCGGAGGGCCCGUCGACGCCGUGGUCCACAACGCGGGCGUCACGCGGGACCGGACUCUCUUCCGCAUGGGCGACGACGAGUGGGACGCCUGCCUCGACGUCAACGCGCUCGCGCCCCGCCGGCUCACGGCCGCGCUCGACCUCGCGGAGGACGCGAGCGUCGUGCUCCUGGGCUCGACGUCGGGCGUCGCGGGCAACGCGGGCCAGGCCAACUACGCCGCGGCGAAGAGCGCGCUCUUCGGCUGGGCCGCGGCGGCGACGACGUACCGCGUCAACGCCGUCGCGCCGGGCUUCAUCGCGUCGGCGAUGACGGCGAAGAUGCCGUUCGCGAACCGCUUCGUCGGCGCGCGCUUCAACAACCUCGGCCGGCCGGGCACGCCCGAGGACGUCGCGAACGUCAUCGCCCACCUCGCGUCGCCGGCCUCCGGGGCAAUUCGGGGCCAGCCAGACUCGGCUGCAAACGCAAUGGAGUUCAAGGCCGUCAGCCCGCGCUUCCAUGGCAAGCCCGCGCGCUACGACGAGGGCGGCGACAGCGAGGCGGCCAUGCUCGACGACCUGCUCGCCGGCGACCGCUACUCGUCGCCGAUCCGGAAGCAGCCGUCGCCCGUCGAGGGCCCGCCGGACGACGGCGGCGGGUCCGACUUCGGGUCCGACGACGGCGCCGACGACGCCGCGGACGCGUCGCGGCGCGCCGCGGCGGCGCCGCGGUCGCCGCGGCCCGCGCCGAGCCCCGGGAGGCCCGCCGUGUCCGCCAGGGAGGAGCUGCGCCUGAAGAACGCGCAGAUCCACCGCAUGGGCAUGAUGCUCGAGGCCCUGGCGCCCAUCCCGGGCAUCGACGCGCAGACGCUGCUCCGCGCCAUCGACGACCCCAUCCACGGCGACCUCCGCGACCAGAAGAUCGUCCAGCUCGCGAAGAAGACGCGGAACGUCACCGUCGCCCUGACGCGCGAGCGGGACGUGAUCAAGAAGCUGCGGGCCCACAUCGACCAGCUCGAGGGCGACAAGAAGGCCCUGGCCGACGAGCUCGACGCGCGCGCGCACGCGGCGGCGUCGCGGCUUCCCUUCGCGGCCGCGAAGCAGGCCGAGGCGACCCGAAAAACGCCCGGCGACGACGACGAGGAGGAGCGGAAGAAGCCGUCGAAGCGCGAGCUCCAGCUCGCGAAGCAGUGCGCGGACCUGCGCUUCAAGUUCGAGGCCGCGCGCGACGAGUCGCACGGCCUGCGCCGCGCGCUCGUCAAGGAGACGGGCGACGAGUCCGUCGUCGGCAAGGACGGCGCCGUCGACGAGGGCUGGCGCGGCCGCGCGCAGACCAUAGCCAUGCUCAAGAACAAGAUCCGGGCGUUGGAGGACGCGCAGCAGAAUGGCUCCCUGCUCUCGUCCCCCGCCGCGAAGCGCGCGCCGCGGCCGCCGCGGCGCGACGUCGACGCGCUCGCCCAGGCCGAGCUCGACCGCAAGAGCGAGGCGCGGUCCGAGGCCAUGGCCGAGCUCGCCCAGAAACACGAGGCGCUCGGCCAGCAGCUGGAGCAGACCCGCGCGAAGCUCGACGCGUCCAAGGCGCGGAACGCGUCGCAGGCGCAGGAGUGCGCGCGGAACAAGGAGCACAUCCGCACGCUCCUCGACAAGACCGACGGCGACGACGAAUUGGUCGCGGCGCUGCGGGCCGAGGUCGACGCCCUGCGGUCGAAGCUCCGCGACGCGCAGGCCGAGGCGCGGCGGAAGCCCGCGCCCGCGCCGCCGCCGCGGCCCGACGCGGAGCUCCAGCGCCUGCGGCGCGAGAACGCGCGGCUCCAGAGUCAGGUCGAGCAGCAGGCCAAGCGCGUGCGCGAGCUCCGAAAGGCCGAGGACGAGGAGCGCACGCGGCUCGCGCGCGAGGCGCAGGCGAACGACCCGGCGACGCUCCGGCCGGGCGACGCCGGGUGGUAG